UUAUUUUUAAUGGAAGCACUAGGGAUUGAACCCAGGACCUUGUGUAUGCUGUGCAUGCUAAGCACACUCUACCAUUGAGCUAUAUCCUCCCCUCAAGGGAUCACCUUUUAUCUGUGAGAAUUUCUUUAGAGGGGUGUUUGCAUCAACCCUCCCACCCCUAACCAAACACACACCCCUUUCUGGACCUCAGCUGUAAAAAGGGAAAUCUCCAUACUAGCAGUUGAGGAGAAGAAGGUCACAGAAAAAGUUCUGAAAACUCCAGGAUAAAUAGGAGUCCUCCACCCACAGGAAGGACAGAUUACUAUCCCCUCCCUGGGUGGCUCCCCAAUCCAUUUUCCAAACAGCAAAUCUUUCAAAGUGCAAAUCUGAUCUUGUCAUCCCUCCUUAGAACCAUUUUAGUGUCAUCUAAAUGUAAUUCAAUUUCUUAUGAGGCUACAAGGUCCUACUGGGUCUAGCAUCCUGUGACUCCCAGGUGACUAGGCCCAAUCAGGCGGAACUGUAGUUCCCUCAGUUGCCUAGAUCUCUCUCUCCGGUAUUUUGGUUUUCACACAUCAUUCCCUGCCUUUGCCUGAAGACCUCACCCCGCCACCUCCUCGCUGACUGCUUCCAUACCCAGGCCUCAUGAGGCUAGAAUGUAGCCUCUAACAGGAAGCUUUCUCAGGCUGCCCAGGAAAGGUUAGGGGCCCCGGUAGCGCAGGUACCUGGUUUUUGUUCUAUUGCCCCGCAAUCGGGCUGUCAGAUUUGUGACGGCAGAGGCCGCAUACCUAUAGCCUGCGGUCUGUGUUGAGUUGGGACAUUUCCGGGCCGGGAUUCAGUGACCUCCUGAAGGUGUCUGCCAGCUGUCAUUCUAUCCUGGCUCGGAGCUGCUUCUGGCCUGGUGCAGGGUUGCUGACUGGGACUGGCUAUUUUGGGGGGUGCGGCCGGGUCCUUGGGAGGGUGAUGACUAUAGGAGUGCGUGUUUCUCUAAGGCAGAGGACACCCCCGGAGCGUGCCCCUCACAAACAUGGGCAGAGCCCUCCGGCCCGCCCCGGGACCUGCUCCUCACAAAGAUGGCGUCCCGCAGAUAGUUAUUGGUGUCGGUGGGCUCCCUGGGCGGCGCUGAUUGGUGAAGAGAGAGGGCGCGGCAGGGGCGGGGCGAUAUAGGGGGCGUGGCCUCGUCGGUCCGGGCCUAGGUUCGGCAGCCUGUGCCGUUACUAUGUCGCGGGCACGCUGCCAUCUGCGCGCCGCUCUCUUCCUGGCAGCGGUUUCUCCGCGUGGUGCAACCACUGGGGUCGCAGCGAGGCGAGGGUUGAGCGCGUGGCCCGCGCCACGGGAGCCCGGCAUGGAGUAUCAGACUGGUUGCCAGGAUGCCGUGCGCACACUCAACACCCUGCAGACCAAUGCCAACUACCUGGAGCAGGUGAAGCGACAGCGGGGUGAUCCCCAGACACAACUGGAAGCCAUGGAGCUGUACUUGGCACGGAGUGGGCUGCAGGUGGAGGACUUGGACCAACUGAACAUCAUCCACAUCACUGGGACUAAGGGGAAGGGUUCCACCUGUGCCUUCACUGAACGUAUUCUCCGAAACUACGGCCUGAAGACGGGAUUCUUUAGUUCUCCCCACCUGGUGCAGGUGCGUGAGCGGAUCCGCAUUAAUGGGCAGCCCAUAAGCCCUGAGCUCUUCACCAAGCACUUUUGGCACCUCUACAACCGGCUGGAGGAGACCAAGGGCGACAGCAGCUGUGUCUCCAUGCCUGGCUACUUCCGCUUCCUCACGCUCAUGGCCUUCCAUGUCUUCCUCCAAGAGAAGGUGGACCUGGCAGUGAUGGAAGUGGGCAUUGGUGGGGCUUACGACUGCACCAACAUCAUCAGGAAGCCCGUGGUAUGUGGGGUCUCCUCUCUUGGUAUCGACCACACUGGCCUUUUGGGGGAAACUAUGGAGAAGAUUGCAUGGCAGAAAGGGGGCAUCUUUAAGUGUGGUGUCCCCGCUUUCACCGUGCUCCAGCCUGAUGGCCCCCUGGCAGUGCUGAGGGACCGCGCUCAGCAGAUCUCCUGUCCCCUCUACCUGUGCCCCCCACUGGAAGCCCUGGAGGAAGGGGGGCCACCACUGACCCUGGGCCUGGAGGGAGAGCACCAGCAGUCCAAUGCUGCCUUGGCCUUGCAGCUGGCCCGCUGCUGGCUGCAGCGAAAGGACCACCAGGCAGGUAUUGGGGAACUGAAGGUGUCUAGGCCAAGCCUCCUGGGGCAGCUGCCCCUGGCACCUGUGUUCCAGCCCACGUCCCACAUGCAGCACGGGCUUCGGGACACGGAAUGGCUGGGCCGGACGCAGCUGCUGCGGCGCGGGCCCCUGACUUGGUACCUGGAUGGCGCGCACACCACCGGCAGCAUGCAGGCCUGCGUGCGCUGGUUCCGCCAGGCGCUGCACCGGCGAGAGAGGCCGGGCAGCGGGUCUGAGGUUCGUGUCUUGCUCUUCAACUCCACUGGGGACCGGGAUUCCGCCGCCCUGCUGAAGCUGCUGCAGCCCUGCCAGUUUGACUAUGCCGUUUUCUGCCCUAACCUGACAGAGAUGUCAUCCGUGGACAACGCAGACCAGCAGAACUUCACAGUGACACUGGACCAGGUGCUGCUCCGCUGCCUCACACAUCAGCAGCACUGGAGCCACCUGCGUGAGGAGCAGGCCAGCCCAGACCUCUGGAGCACCCCUUCCCCGGAACCUGGUGGGCCCACAUCCCUGCUGGUGGUGCCCCACCCACCCCACAGCACCAGCUCCCUCGUCUUCAGCUGCAUCUCCCACGCCUUACAGUGGAUCAGUCAAGGCCGGGACCCUGUCUUUCAGCUACCCAGUCCCCCAAGGGGCCUCCUCGCUCACCCUGUGGCCAGCAGUGGGGCCAUCAUCCUCCAAGAGGCUGCUGCCAUCCACGUGCUGGUCACAGGCAGCCUGCACCUGGUAGGCGGUGUCCUGAAGCUGCUGGAGCCCUCCCUGUCCCAGUAGCCAAGGCAGUGGGGUUGGAGGUGGGGUCCUCCCACACCUGCCCUGCGUCUCUUCAUGAGCCCCUAAAAUACGUGCCUUUUCUGCCUUACCGAGUCGAUCUAGACUGGUCCAGGGACUUGGGCUCUGGGCAGCAAAAUAGAGGUCUAGGGGCAGGAAGCUGAGAUCAGACAUCCUCUGUCUCCAAGCCUAGGGUGCCCUUAGCCUCUCCUUCCUAGUUAUUCCGCUGACAUCCAGACCAUCUCCCAUUCCACCCUGCCUGCUUCCUGCCUCAGUCCCAGCUGACUGUGUGAGCUGCCUUCCAGGCCUGGGGUCCUGGCUGCUGGUUGAUCGAUUUCCUCCUCCUGAUGUCCUUCUGGGAAAGGAAAGGAUCCCUGCCUGGGGUGCCCUAGGGGCAGAGAGUGGCUGGACUGAAUUAAAGCCUUUAACGUUUUUUAAAAAA